UUGUGUAAAUGUACCACAGCUUUUUUACCCACUCAUCUACUGAUGGGCACUUGGGCUGUUUCCAGAUCUUAGCUAUUGUAAAUUGUGCUGCUGUGAACAUAGGGGUACAUAUAUUCUUUGUCAUGGCUCUUCUACCUUGGUGUUAUAACUUUCCUCCUUAAGAACUAAGAAGAGCAGAGAACCACAAAGCCAAAUUGAGAUGUUAAUCUCUGUUUAUGAUUUUAGGCUCACUCUUAAUAUAUGAAUUUGUUAAAUUAAAAUGUAAAGAUACCAAAAACCUAUAAUAUUUCAUUCAAAACUAGUAUUAAUAAGGAAACAUAAAACAUGUAGCAAAACACUGUGUACUUAAAAAAAUGUAUGUAUUGAUUCAAGAGAAAGAGGAGGGAUAAGGGGAAGAGAGAGAAACAUCAAUCACCUGCCUUCUGCACACCCCCUGCUAGGGAUCGAGCCUGCAACCCAGGCAUGUGUCCUGACUGAGAAUGGAACCAGUGACCUUUUUGGUGCAUGGGAUAACACCCCACCAACUGAGCUACACAGUUCAGGCCACUCUAUUUUUAUGCCUCUGUUUUAGUUAAGAGACUGAUUUAACUGCCAGUGUUACACAUAAAGUGUGAUAGUCAUAACAGUGAAGUAUGUACAUAAAAUAAUACGUUGACUAAUUCCCCUCAUUAAGACAGGGGUAAGCAUACUAAACAGCCCUUAAAAUUGUUGAGAUGGUCUUUGCAGAAUUAAUUAAAAAUCUAUUAUGUUUGCCUUUGGCCUUGCUUCCUAUCUUAGUCAUUUUCACUUUCUAUGAAUUCUAGGACCCCAAGUCAUGAUGCUUUUAUUGUUUGCAUACAAAAUGUAAGAUUUUUUUUUUUCAUGGGAAGUAUUGUUACUAUUUGGAGUUUAGUGAAUUCAGUUUAAAGUAUGGAUGGGCUUGUAGAUGAAACUGUUCUCAAACAAGUAGAAUUAGGCAGAGGUUAAGUAGCUGUUUUUUUGGAAGACUUAAGAUGGGGUUGUAAGUGACUUACACAUAUUAACUCAUUGAAUCCUCCUAGCAUUCUUAUGAGGUAGGUACACUUUUAUCGUUUUUACCGAGGAGGAAGCAGAAGCUCAAGGCAAUAAACAGUGGAAUCACUGUUUUGUUGUUUUAUAAAAUAUAUAUUUUAUUGAUUUCAGAGAGGAAGGGAGAGGGAGAGAGAUAUAGAAACAUCAAUGAUGAGGGAGAAUCAUAGAUUGGCUGCCUCCUGCACACCCACACUAGAGAUCGAGCCCACAGCCCAGACACCUGACCUGACCGGGAAUUGAACUGUGACCUCCUUGUUCAUAGGUCAGUGCUCAACCACUGAGCCAUGCAGGCCGGGCAAGAAUAACUGUUUUUAAUGUCCCUGUAUUGAAAGAGGAUAAUCAGCCCUGGCCUGCUCAGCUGGUCAGAGCAUCGUCCCAAUACCUCAAGGUUGGGGAUUCGAUCCCCAGUCAGGGCACAUACAAGAAUCAACCAAUGAAACUGGCUGCUCUGAAAAGCCAUCUUUGCAUUGUUCUGUGGCUGCCUCUCCGCUGGCUACAGCUACCUCCACCACGCGCCUCCUCUGCCACUUUGGACUCCAGCAACUUCUACGCCAGAGUCCUCCAACUCUCACUUUAAAAAAAAAAAAUUUGCUGCAUCGGAUCACUGGCUUGCCCCACCAUGUCAGACACGGCUGUGGACACCAGCUCCAAAAUCACCACCAGGGACUUAAAGAAGGGUGUUGUGAAGGCAGAAAAUGGAAGAGAUGCACCUGCGAAUGGAAAUGCUAAUGAAAAUGGAGAGCCCGAGGCUGACAAUGAGGUAGAAGAAGGAGGAGAGGAGAAAGAGGAAGGUGAUGGUGAGGAAGAGGAUGGAGAUGAAGAUAAGGAGGCUGAGGCAUCUACGGGCACACGGGCAGCUGAAGAUGAUGAGGAUGACUAGGCAGCAAAAAAGGAAAAGUUACACUUAAAAGAAAAAAGGACUCCGUGACCUAUUCUCCCUCCACUUCCCAUCUCAGAAUCUAAACAUGGUCACCUUCAAGUAGAGGCUCCUGCCUGCCCGCCCAACACGGGCAGCGCCACCUGCAGGUGACAUGCACUCCACCACCCAACCAAAACCACAACGUGAAUUUGCAACGGGAGGAAAAAAAGAACCAGAACUUCCAAGGCCCUGCUUUUUUUUUUUUUUUUUAAGUACUUUAAAAAGGAAAAUUUGUAUUUUUUAUUUACAUUUCAUAUUUCUGUACAUAUUGUUGGGUUCGCCAUUUUUAAUGAUCUUGGGAUGACCAAACUAGCCUUUGGAUCAUUCUCUGUCCUUUUUUUUUCUUUUUCUUUCUGUCCUACUUCUGACUUUACUUGUGGUGUGAAAAAAACCUUGUAAAAAAAAGCAACAACAAAAACAGUCUUAUUCCGAGCAUUCCAGUAACUUUUUGUGUAUCUUCUUAGCUGCACUCUAAGUAGUUGGUUUAUAUGAGAUGGUUAAAAAGGUUUCUUCCCCCCUUUUUUUUGUCUAUGAAGUUGCUAUUUUUUUUGGCCUGUUUUGAUGUAUGUGUGAAACAAUGUUGUCCAACAAUAAAUGGCAAUUUUAUUUUGCUGAGUUGUUCUAACAACAAAAAUCAACCAAUGAAUGCAAAAAUAAGCGGUAAAACAAAUUGAUGUUUCUCUAAAUCAAUAAAAGAUUUUAAAAAGAGGGUAAUCUAUAUACUUGUUUCCUUGAGAAAAAUAUUAGAAAAAUUGUUUAAAACUUUGAUUUUUCAUUAGUGGUCAGGUUAGAACAAUAUUACUCUAAGGAUGUAUACAUUUUUUCUAUUUGUCAUGCUUAUGUAGGUUUUAAAAGAAUAUCAGACAGAAUUAAGACAAAAUUCCUAGCAGGUCUGGAGGGGCACGGUGGAAGGAAAAAAGGGCACAUAUGUAAUAUUUUCAACAAUAAAGAUAAAUUAAAAAUAAAGAAAAGACUUAAAAUACCUAAAAAUUAUUUAUCUAAAAUCAGGGUGGUUUUUUUUUAGUUUAUUUGAAGUUCACCUGAAACAGCCAUUAAAACUUUGUCAAGCGUGAGCUUGUAGGAAAUCUUUUAAUUCUUUGACUCUUUUAGAUUUUAUGGGUUAAGAAAAUUUCUUCUUGGGUAAAAUGAAAGUGAAUUAGUGAAAAAUGAAGUGGUGUAUUUGGCUUUUAAAUUUUGAUUUCUCCAGUCCUUCCAGAAGAGGGCGCUUGAUGUUUACAGUGAAAUU